AUGGAUUCGAGCCGGGGCCACUACCAGAUAACCACCCCAGGGGACGAGGCACAACCAAAGGUGGAAGCGUUGACUCAGGAAGAGAUCAAUGAACGUCUACGUCGCAAGCGCAAGGCCCGCGGGCAAAAGGCCUGCCAUCCCUGUCGCCAGAGGAAGGUGGGUUGCAACUAUCAACACCCCUGUCAAAAAUGCAUCGACCGUAACCACCCUGAGCUCUGCCUCUAUGAGCCCUUGUCCAAGCGCGCGAAUAUCGACGCGAACACCACGACGACGAUAACAAUUGCCGGCCAGGGAAUCCCACCCAGCACUCCGAUCGAAGGACAGCCCAUGGGGUGGAGCAGGAUCAGUGAGAGAUUGCAGACGAUCGAACAGGCCAUUCAAGAGCUGCGGACCGAGCUGAAAGAUCUGCCGGGAAGGGACGGGUCUCCCUCGACGCUGGUGGGCAGGCCCAAGGUCGAGAGAACGGGAGGAGACUCGAGCAGUGAAGGUGUCGACCAGGACAACUUUGCCAUCCACACCAGCAAUGAAGUCACGGGCGAGACCGUCCAUCUGGGCGGCAACUCGGUCCCGGCCAUGGUAUUUUCGCUCAAGAGUGACCCCAACGAGUAUGAUGUCCAGGAUGUGCUCGGCAAAAGCAUCCUACCUCUGUUUGGUCUAGAUAACGAGAGUGCCACCUACCCUUUCGUGGACCUUUGGGGCUUACCCCACGGAUCUUAUGCCAGACUGCAGGCAAUGUGCAGGCUGUUGCCGACCGACGCCGAUUGCCUGCAAUACUUUGCACAGUACCGCGACACGGCUCAUGUUCUUUUCCCUGGAGUAGUGGACAUUAAACAAUUUGAGGGCGAACUCACCCACUUCCUCAUCAACAAGGCUGCCGCGAGCAGGGAUGCUCCUUACGAGGCUCUUUCGAAUGACAACAUAUACGGGAAAACCCUCCACUGGGUGGGGUUACUGUUCGCCAUUCUCGCUUCCGGCUACCAGUGUUCGUCAUUGCCGCAUAAAGAACGCCAACUGACCAGUCAGGUCUAUGUGUGCUGUGCAUAUGAAUGUCUCCGCAUCAUCAAUUACUUGUCCAACUCCAAGUUGCUGGAUAUCCAGACGUUGCUGGUGCUGGGGAACGUCAUCUCCAAUAACAUGAACUCUGGCAUCGCCUGGUGCUUGCUCGGGCUGACUAUCCGGAUCGGACAGAGCCUCGGUCUCCAUCAAAAGACCUACCGGACCAGCAGCGAGGCUGAGAGGUCGGUCCGUGAGGAGCUUUGGUGGCGGAUCGUCUGGCAGGACAGUCUCAUCUCGAUUACAUUCGAUCGAGCGUCAUCGACCCCUACCAUCUCGCAUCACAAAUCCGUACAGCCCGUCGACAACACGUGGUUAUCAUAUACCGACUGCAUGAAGAUCUUGUGCGAGACAGGGCUCGAAAUUGUGCGGGAGAGGAGUAAACACACGGACCCCCGGCAAGAACUGAUACGGAUCAACCGUCAUCAGGAGGAUUUGUCCAGAAUGAUGGAUCACGCGCUCCACCACCUCAAAGACGCGACGGCGUGCCAGUCGAUGAGGGACCAACUGGAGCAUUGGAACCUCUAUCUUCAUCGGUCAUAUAUCUUAUCGGAGCUGUAUCGGUCCGCGUUGAAACGCAGGCAGACCUCGUCGGAACUAGGCAACUUUCGGGCCACGUGCUUGGAGAACAUGGCCAACACGGUGGAUGCAUUUCUGGGAUUGUCCAAUGUGACUCGGUUUGCCACACAAUCUUGGGCGGCGGUGCAUCGGUCUCUGAGCUCGGCACUGCUGCUUGGGAUUCUGAAACAGCCUCAGAGUAAACCCCGGGUGCGGACAUUGCUUGACAAGCUGAUUGUGGUCAUGUCGAGCAUCAACUCGUCGCUGGAUCCCAAUGAGCUCUCUGCUCCCAUUGCCCGAGCUGUGCGGGCGCUGGCUCGUCUCAAUGCCCACCACGGCUCCGAGGUUGGGACCGAGUAUGGUGCGAGCGGCGAUGCCAUACCAGCGUGGGAGCGAAGCACAAGCUCGGACACUCUGAUGUAUUAUGGGCAUCCCUCGAAUGAAGCAUCUGGGGACGACGGUGGGCGGUCUGAGGACUCGCCUUAUGAGUUGAUGGAGAAGAUCCUAUGGGGAUCCCAGGGUAUAUCUCCGGUUUGA